AUGACCAUGCUUGUUCCGGCAUCCUUCAAAUACAUGGACCGCCCGCGUGAGAAGACUCGACGCAGAUCCGCUGCCCCUCGAAGUAUCCCAAACAAUCUCGCAAACGUGGCYGAAAGUGCUCCUGCUGUGUCACCACCUUCAUCACCACCCCAACGAUCGACAGGACCUGUUCAAAUUCCGUCGCCCAAGUCGAUCAAUGCUCGAGUGUCUGCGAUCGGCAGUUCAGAGUCUCAAGAUUCCAACAUGCGCUCUCCCAGAAGUGCCACCCUUCCGACUUCGAUUGGUCGGCGAAAACACGUCGCACACGCACACGAUCCCAACGCAUUACCGCCAGCCAUCGCCGCCUUGCUAGCCGUGACUGCCAUUCCUCCGCGAAAAUCAAACCGCCAUCGCAGACGAGGCAAUGACCGUCGCAUCUCCAUUGAGGAGUUGGUCAGUGAAUGGAAGAGCGAUGAUUCGCUCAAGCAAAGUUAUGGGAGCAGUGCUGCCCUCAGUGUGCUCUUGGAGGACACCGAUUAUCUGUUCUCCAAAGACUGUUCUCACAAGACCAGCUACCUCACCGCCAGAAGUGCUUCAAGCGAAUCGAUGCCUUCGCUCGCAUCGGAUGACCGCUCAGUCAUGUCAGUGGGCAGCCCAUCGACACCUGGCUCACUUCGUAGCCGGCGGUCGUAUUCCAAUCUGAAGAAGGAAAAAUCAAGAUCACUGCCUGCUGUGGAAGACUGCGCACAGGAUCAUCCUUUGGCACCGCAUUCAGAAGACGAAGACGACGAAUUGCUAUUGCCAACGCAAAAGAGAACGCCUGCAACACCGAAAUCCUCUUCAUUCAAGUCAAAUAUUACCUUGUCGCUGCAGUCGCUCAAGAAAGCUGCUGUCAGCUCUAUAUCGUCACUCGCCCGAAGCAGCGCCCCGCCAGCGCUACAUGGGCACGCUGCUCCUCAUAUCGACCACAUGCUAUGGUCCCAUCCGUUUCUAUUCCCGCGCUUCAGUUCUGAGAUCCGGCCGGCAUUCGAUGGAGAUGCGAAUGAAGCCCAACGACGGUACCUUAACCCCAUCCCUCUGACUUUUGAAGAGUGGGAGGCUCCAUUCCAGCAAGCACUGCACGCACCUUACCUCGCCGAGGCAGUCGAAAGUGCACCUACCAUCCAGAUGCAGACCUACAAUCGCGGUCGACGACGAGGUGGAUCGAAGCGAGGUAGCCCCAGCCCAAGCUCAGAGGCCGGUAGGGCUUUGCUAGGACCAGAGAUUGCCCGUCGGCGUGAGGUCAGAGAGAAUCCGGAUUUCUUGCGUGUGGUCGUUUUGGAGAUGAACAUGCGAAGGGAAGGAAAGCUUGAGACAGGACGAGCGAAGAUCUGCCUUCCCCCGAGGGACGUAUGUCCACUACCAAUUCGGGCGGGGAAUAUUCCCAGUCGCUGGGUGGGAGUCAGCGCGUAUUAA